GGUGAACGCUAGCACUCGUUUGCUAGACGGCCGGCUAGCAAAACGAGUCGAUUUCUCCUGGUGCGCGAUAUCGCGGUAAGAGGUGGAGGAUACGUUACUCGUCGAGAAAUUGGAGGGUAUUGUCGAAGACACCGGUUACGAGGGGACCUUGUGGUAGUUAGACAGGAAACGAUAGGAACGAGAUAGAAUAGCCGAGAAGACGGAAAGGAGAAAAGAAGAAAAGAAGGAAAGAAAGAACGGUGGAAGAAGAGGAAGAGAGACGGAAAUAAAGAAGAACGAAAGGUAGCCAGAGUGUACAGGACACACGAGGAGAGAGACGACAGGGCGAGAGAAAGACACACACGAAGCGCGUUAGAGUGCGUGAUCCAAAAUGGCGCUGAACCAGGACGUGGACCAGUUGUCGAAGAGUAAUCUUGUGGUAAGGAUCGAUCAAAACUCCGAAUCGGAUCUACAAGCGCUAUUCGACAGCGUCCUGAAGCCAGACUCGAAGCGUCCGCUGCAAGUACCAUUGCGCAUGCGCAAUCUACCAGAUUCUUUCUUUAAUCCACCGUCGACGGGUAGCAAAAGUCCCUCGAUCUCGCAUUCCCGGGAGAAUUCGGCGGAUUCGGCGUUCGGCACAGCAGCCGCGGCCGCAGCGGCAGCGGUCGGCGGCGGUGGGCCAACACCCGGUGGAAACGCGACUGGUACACCGGCUACCGGAGCAGCAGGUGCGGCUACUGGUGGAAGUGGAAAUAGCGCUGGUAGCGGAUCAAACGCCGCAGGUGCGGCCGCGGCUGGCCUUACCGUAGCUCAUCCUCGCGCCCACAGCAGCCCGGCUUCUCUUCAGCAAACCUACGCCUCGGCUCAGCAGGCGCCUCAGCACGCGCCUCAACCGCACGCGCGUCACCAUCAUCACCAGAAGCAACGCAGUUACGACGUCAUCAGUACGGUCGACGACCUAGGUCCCCUGCCGCAUGGAUGGGAACAGGCGCGCACCCCCGAGGGACAAAUCUACUUCCUCAACCACCUGACGCGAACCACGACAUGGGAAGAUCCACGAAAAACAGCGGCGGCAGCGAACGUGGCGGCUGUGGCCGCAGCCGUCGACAAUGGAAAAUCCUCGACCGCCGCUACCAAUUCUCUAGGUCCGUUGCCCGACGGAUGGGAACAAGCGCGUACUCCCGAAGGAGAAAUCUAUUUCAUUAAUCAUCAGACACGCACCACUUCGUGGUUCGAUCCAAGAAUCCCUACUCAUCUCCAAAGGGCUCCAACCUCAGGUGCAAUGUUACCGCAAAAUUGGCUUCAACAGCAACAACCUACAGGUGGUGGUAUUCAGAAUAAUCAAACAUUGCAAGCGUGUCAACAGAAACUUCGCCUCCAGUCGCUACAAAUGGAACGCGAGCGUCUCAAACAACGGCAACAGGAAAUUAUACGUCAGCAAGAGCUAAUGCUUCGACAGAGCACCACCGAUGCCGCCAUGGAUCCAUUUUUAUCGGGAAUCAACGAGCAACACGCACGUCAGGAAAGCGCGGACAGUGGUCUGGGCCUUGGCUCUGCUUAUUCUCUUCCUCACACACCGGAAGAUUUUCUUGCAAAUAUCGACGAUAAUAUGGAUGGCACAAGCGAUGGCGGCGCACCCAUGGAGACCCCGGAUCUUUCUACUCUGAGCGAUAAUAUCGAUUCGACCGAUGAUCUUGUUCCAUCGUUACAGCUGAGCGAAGAUUUUAGUAGCGAUAUUUUGGACGAUGUGCAAUCGUUGAUAAACCCUAAUACGACAAAACCUGAAAACGUGCUGACGUGGCUGUAGUAUGGAGGAGGGAAUUGUCUAUGACAGGCAAGCGAUUUAUGAAAUUGAUUCGUUACAAAAAAAAAAAAAAAAAAAAAAUUGCAAUUUCAAUACGUCUAAACUGAAUGGAACGAUUCUAGAGGAUCUUACCAAUAAAGUAACGACUAUUCCAUAAAAAAAAAAAAAAAAAAACGCACGUGAACGAGAGAAAAAUUUAAAGUUUAAGUAGAAAUGGAGCCUUAAUUACGACGCGUUAUGCUCAACGUAUAUACGAACGUGUAUACAGCAACAUUCGCAGGGUGCCCUAGAAAUGUUGACAAUCAUGCGGAUGAUCGUACUUUUUAUUGAAUUCUAUACCGUGAAUUUCUUGUUAUUUGACAUUGUUUGUCGAACAACAAAAGAUGGUAAAAAAUGAUGAAAAAUUCGAAGCCUUAAAGUCUAGUGUUCAUGGCAAGCUUGUCGAGUCUUCCUGAAGAAAAUUUUUGAGAAUGUUGAGCAGGCCGUAUUUAUCAUAUAUGAGGCUUCUGGUGGAGCUAAGUUUAUCUUCAUCUUUUUUUGCCACCUGUUGGAAUCGAAUAAAGAAUACGAUCUUUGAUAUUGUAUUUCGAGAUUUUUAGGACAUCUUGUAUGUAAAUGAAGAACGUAUUCGGAUCCUUUCUCUUUCUCUCUUGUUAUUAGAGUAUUUGAGUGUUCGUAUGUUUGUAUGCGUGUAUGAGUGCGUUUGUCCCCAACAUUUUGUAUAUAAGUUUGUAUUUCUAUACUAAAGCAUAUAUUGUACGUUAGGGAGCAAGAGAAAGGACUGAAUAUUAUGGGUAAUAAAUAUUUAAUGUGCGUACCGCUCGGGUUAACGAAGGGAGAGCGUAAUGGAAGAAAAAAAGCUCGAUAUACUUCCCGAUAGUAUGGAGUAGACAAGUAAAUUGUUGUUUAAUUAUAUUUAUAUCACGUUGGUUUACAACAAAAAUCUGAUAUCAUGACAUAUCAGAUUUUUUUUUUUUUUUUUUUUUUUUUUUUUUUUUUUUUUUUUUUUUUAGGAUCAUCGAUCUCGCGUGUGAUUUAAAUUUAAAAGAAGGAAAAGAAAAGAAAAAAAACAUCAUACCUGAUGUGUUCACGGAAUUUCAACGUACGUUGAAAGAUCGUGAAACGAAAUGAGAAAUAAGUGCAAUUAUUAUGAAAAUGUGUAGAGGGAAGAUAAAGGAAAAAAGAGAGGGAAGAGGGUAUGAUGUUCGAUAUUUUUAUUCGAAUAUUCAUGUAGCGGUGAUCUUUAUACAAUAUUUACGGAAGCAACGGCAGCGUCUAAAAGUAUCGAAGCAUUUUUAACACACGGACACACUUGUCUAUACUUUGAAGUUGACAUAUGGAGUAAAUCGUGUUACGUGUAUGAUUCAGGUUCGAAACAGAUUUCUUCGAAUCGUGUGUCAAAUGUAAGUAUAUGUAUAUAUAUAUACGUACGUAUAAGCAUAUGUAUAUACACGGUAUAUAUAUACACAUACAUAUACACUACAAUCGAGUGUCGAUAAUGCUCAGACUAUUUUACAAGCGAUAUGCUUAAACGAAGUGCCUUUUCAUUGCAAUCGAUUAGAACGACGAUACUGAUCGUCAUUUUUUAAAGCAAUAACCGUCCAUACGAGAUGUUUAUGAAUGAACAUGUGGUAAUUGUUAAAAUAGACAAACACGUUUUUAGACCCUUUUAAAUACUUUGAAGAGGGGAACACAAAAUGAAUAUAUAUAUAUUUUUUUUAUAUAUAAAGUCUAUACUUGUUACGAAUUGCAGUUAUUGGUAUUUUGAAAUCACUGUUAGAUUGUAAAAUUCUCUUACGUUUUAUACUACAUACAGUUAUAUAAUGGAGAUUACAAAAGGAGAGUAUAUGAUAUUUAUAGAUUAUCUUUAAAUAUCUUUUAGCCUUAAGGAUUUUUCCCGUUCUUCCUUCCCUAUGCUUUUGGGAGUAAGAACGUCGAAAGAAAGAAAGAAAGAAAGAAAAAAAAAAAAAAGAGGCCGUUAAUCUUGUACUUUGUCUACGUUUCUCGCGAAACAACCUGUAGUAAUGGUUAUUACCGAAUAAUCAAAGCGACACGGUAAAGAGGAGACAACGUGCGUACACGUAUAUUUAGUUACAUGGCAGCUUAAGUGUAAUACAUACAUCAUUAAAAAAAGAAAAAAAAAAAAAGAAAAAAAAAGAAAAAAAGAAGAAAAAAAAGAAAAAAAUAAAGAACAGAGGAAACGGAGGUUGACGUAACUUUCUAUUGUUAGUCCGAAAUAAUGCGGCGAUAACGUUGAUAAGUUCCGUACCCCAGUGAUAACGAUCACGCAAUCAUCGAAUUUUAUCCGACUGAUUUAUUCCAUAUUUUAUGUUUUUAUUUCAGUAGUUAAAAAGAAAGAAAAAAAAAAAAAAAAAAAAAAAAAAAAAAAAAAAAAAGAAAGAAAGAAAGAAAAGGGAGAAAAACAAUUUCAUUUUUCUCGAAUAAUCAAAAUAUUAUCUUGUUAAACUUUCCUUGUUGAUCAUGGAAUAUAUUCAUUGUUAUUGAAUCGUCGCAGUUACGUCUGCCAACCGCGAUUGUGUCCAUCGAAGAUCAUGUAAUGUUUCAUUAAGAAAUUAGAAAAAAAAGAAAGAAAGAAAGAAAGAAAGAAAAAAAAAAUCGGAAAAAAAAAAACGAGAGAAACAAUCGGAAUUGUAAAGCUCUCCUGCCUUUUCCCGUAGUAAGGAAAAGUUUCGGAGAUGCAAAUUAGAUUUUUUUUCUUUUGUAGUUAUUCGCACGCCUGGUUUCAUCUUUCUACUAGCCGUGCGAGUAGCGCGAGUAUUCGACCUCUUUUUAUUUUUUAAUGAAGUAAUAAAACGAUCAUGUAAUAUUCAUUCGAUAUUUGUGUUACUAUCUGUAUUAUUCGACUGAAACUUGGAAAGCGAUCGCUAUGUAUAGUAGCAAACGUGUAGCAAACAUAAAACACAGUAGACCUGAUUGAUGAUGCUUAUUACGUCAUCUGUCUAAUAAUAAUCAUUAUAGAGCGAAAAUAUUUUAUUAUUAAUCUCUUUUAUCGACGAAGAUUUCUGUGCAAAAAUUAUUAUUAUUAUUAUUAUUGUUAUACUUAGACGAAUAUUAAACGAUUACAUAAACGAAGGCACUGUUUAGCUUAAGAAAAUUUAUAUCAAAACAAUUGAAACAGUUUAAUUAAGUAGUAUGCAUUUGUACAUAUAUUAUGAUUAUUUUUUAAGAAGCACAAAAAUUUAUUACUUUAAUCUACGAUGUCUACUAUGUUUUCUGUUAUAAUGGUUAUUAUAUAUCCGAUUGUAAUGCGAAUUUUAUACGCGAAGAUCUAUUUCUUCUUCUUUUUUUUUUUUUUUUUUUUUUUUUUUUUUUUUUUUUUUUUUUCUCGUGAACGCGAUCCAGGAAAGUUACCAUCGUUAACGAGGAUCAUGUAAUCUAUGCGUAUUACAUGAUAUAUGCAUUACUCUCGAUGCGAUAGCUUCCAGGCGUGUCAGGUCAGAUACAUUUAAUGUAUUAUUUUUAUUGCUAGUUAACGAUAAUAUUAAUAUUACCAUACCGUAUCUUGCUUUUAGUCUAAACUCAAUUUUUAGUUGUUACGUUCAGGGGCGGGGGAGCAUCGCGUGGAGGUGGAGAUACCUCUUGCAAAGUGCCUUUCAAUUUUAACUCAAGGAAAAAAAAAAAAAGGAAAAAGAAAAUUAUGUGUUAUUUCACGAUAAUGGAAAAAUCGUUUGUUAUAUAACAAUCGAAUAACCGAAAACAGAAAAUAACCGAAAACAAAUCUUGAAACUCCCCGUGGGUGACGCAUCCAUAAUAUCUGAGAUUAUACAUACUACUACGAGAAGCAAUUAGUUGUUUAAUAUCAGUAUUUAAAUAUGCUCAUUGGCAAUAAUUUGUGACGUAUACAUUUUUAUAUCGGUAACAAGUGCCUUAGUAAUAACGAUAAUGAUAAAUAUAUUGUUUACUUACGUACUGACAA